AUGUGGCUCGAGGCCCAAGGAGCAUUGGAAAAAUGGCUGAAAGACUUCAUUUACCGUCUCGAGAACGCAAUUUCAGUUCACCCAGGCCGGGAAAGCCGGACGGUGUGCUUGCCUCUUUUCCCCCACCUUGAAUCCGCACGACUGCAACGGCCCUCGUCCCAGGAACUCAUUAUUAGGUGGGGCAAAUUACUUUUCCAAACGGCUGAUCAUGCAUUUGCCCUGGGAAAUAUGGCAGUCGUCCUUGCUAUGCAUAUUGCUUCAACACAGGCAUUCGAGGACUGCCUUGGCCCACAACAUGGAGCCACCAUAGAAGCCAUGAUAUUGACAGGCCAGGCAUAUGCGCAUUUGGCGCAAUAUAUCGAGGCCGAAAAAUUCUUCCACAAAGCGAUUCUACAUGGGACGGAUGAGUGGACAGUAUUAUGCGCAAAAGCUGAACUGGUGGAAGUCUAUCAAAGUCAAGGCCGACUGGUGGAUGCAGAACUGCAAGCAUUGGACGUUAUUGAAAAAACAACACGAUUAUCCGGUCCUGAACAUGCCAUUUGUCUUAUGAGUAUGGAAAGACUAGCUGGGGUAUACCAGAUUCAGGGUCGAUUAAAAGAAGCUGAUGUCUUGGCGCUUGAAGCGCUAGCGCUACAGACGAGAAGUCGACUGGAAGCUCCAGAUCACGCUGAUAAGGCUCUAGAAUACACUUCUAUGGCGUGUUUAGGGUCGAUCUACCAACAAGCGGGAAAUUUUUUGAUGGCUGAACAGCUUUGUCGCGAAGCCGCCUAUGGCCUCAAAGAAAUCCUCGGUUCCGACAACCCCCUCACCAUAGAAAUUCUGUACUGUCUAGGUGAGAUCUGGUUUAAGCAAGGUCGAAUGGAUGACUACGAAUUGUUGAUCAAUUUCUUACUCCCGAUCUGCACCCGGGUCCUCAGUCUAAAACAUCCCACCACACUCCAUAUAAACAUCGACAAAGCAUUCAUGUAUUCUUGUCGCGGGCAGCUGCAUGAGACUGAAGAGCUAGUUGAAAACAUUCUUCUUGCCCGCCAAGGGGUAUCUGGAUUUGACGGUAGCUCUACAUUAUUGGAAUUGAAGGCAAUUCUUUCUCAAUCGUAUAUGAGAGAUGACCGAUUUUUGGAAGCAGAAGAAUUGGCAACCCAGUGUCUACGUGAAAAGAAAGAAAUCCCUGGUUCUGAUCACCCUGACACUUUGAUAGGCACAGAAUUAUUAGCUUCGAUGUGGAACAUGCAAGGACGAAAAGCAGAUGCCACCAACCUGCUUAUUUAUUGUCUAAAAAGCCGCCUACGCGUACUUCCAGAGGAUCGCGAUGCUAUUGAAAAAGUGCGAAACUUGUUAAGAGCUUGGGCAUUGGAUUCGGGACAUGAAAGCAUUGAUGAGUUAUUAUCACCGAAUGGUGGACAAGAAAACCCCGAGGAUAUCUUUGAGGAUGGUCUAUCCUUGUUGUUUAAUUUUGCUAUGUGA